UAAGCCUACGUAUUUGUGGAUCUGUGAAUUUGGGUGGUGAUUCAUUUAGCUGAUGUCGCAAUGUAAUUUGUUUGGAAACUUUACACGUUUUAUUUUCAUUUGCGAGUGUGAAAAAGCGGAAACAGCAUAUUCGUUUGCCAUCCUUUGAGCGGGCCAAUGGAGCGAGAUAAAUUUGCAUUGAAGGAAUCCCUCAAACUAGAUAAAUCAACUGUUGUACCAGGCUCUGUCGUUCAGUAUCUGGCUUGCCAUCAGCUGGAAGGAAUUCGGUUUCUUCAUCACGGAUUGGCACAGCACACGGGAGUUAUUUUGAAUGAUGAAUCAGGACUAGGAAAAGUUCAUCAGGUAAUCGGUUACUUAUCCGCCUUCAUAGGGCCGACAGACCGGAGUCUAAUAGUAUGUGACAGUAUGGAUAGGAUACAUCACUGGAUGUACCAUUUAGAACUGCUCACUGAAUUACGAACUGUGAUACUGACCGAAGGUGAUGUCGUUAGCGAUAACCAUCAAAUUAUUCUCACAAGAUUCGCGGAUGUAAAAGAGCAAUCGUCGCUCGAACGGAUUGACAUAAAAUUAGUGGCAAUAGAUGAAACCAGAAGGACAGAUGUUGAUUUGGAUUUGUCUUAUAUAUUUACAAAGCUAACCUUUAGCAAACGAAUAUUUCUUUAUUCUAAGGAUCUCCUGGAUGAUUUUUACCGUUUAGCAACAAGAUUACAACUGUGUCACUUUGACUGUUUUAGCACAACUCUCAAUGAGAUCUUAAAUGAACCAGGCAGUAUGAAGCAAACGCAGAAAAAUGCUAAAAAGAUCAAAUUGUUUUUCCUGACCAAAAGUGUGUUGAUGCGAAGGUUUCGUAGUAACUAUAAAGGGUUAGUUCCGUUGAUUCAUCCCAAAGAAUUUGCUGACCGUUUCGAUUGUUGGAGAAUUGCAAACGGCUGUCAGAGUAAAUCUAGUUUGGAGAACGAUUCACAACAAUUAGUGCAAGAGCAAAGCGUUGAGAUCGCAAAAAGCUACAGCGAUGAGCUGUUCAAUUUUAUGGACCAGACAGCGCAAGAAAACAAUUUGAAUAAAGCAAUAGUUGGUAACGUUGAAACGACCGUUAUCGAAUCUGACCUAAACGAAAAUAGGAUCAGUAACUGUGAUGGCGAUAAUGAUGAUGAUGUCGAGGCUGUCGCCGUGGGGCACAAGUAUAGUGAACCGCUAUUUGAUUUUGAGAACAGUACUGAGGAAAUGCCAAAAUUGGAAGUUUCGGAUUCUGAAACUAAGUCGUCAGACGAUAUGUUACCCAAAAAUACCUCACCAGAUAUUUCGCCUUUGAUAGCAAACAUAGAGAUACCUGAAACGGAACGAUCAUCGCAGACAACGGAUACCGAUGAGUAUUUGGAAUUCGGUCAAGCACUGCAUUGUACUAAUUCCGAUUCAAGAAGUUCAACCGGUACCGUCAUUCUGAAAACGGAGCACCCAAUCGUUGAAGAAAAAUACCAUUUUUCAAUCGAAAGGCUGCUACAGAGAAAAUCGCCUUCAUCGUCUUCGACCGACGUAGAGAUCCUUUCAAGGGAAGGCCCUCCUGUGCCUAACGUAGUUAUUGUUUCCAGUUCCAGUAGUAGCAAUGGUGGAAUAGUUAGAGGGAAAUCCCCGGAUCUAUUCAGUGAUACCGAAGAUGAGGCCAACCAAACGGUAAAAUAUAAUUCGCAAGAUUCUUUCAUGGAUCUAUUGCUUAAAAGCCCCGUAGUAUUCGAUAAAAUGAUCAAACAUGAAUCAUCAUCUGCGCUGCCGAAAUUGGGUCAGUCAAACGUAAGCACUCCGAUUUCCAAACUGAUGAAUGCGCAACUGCAGAGUGAGCUACAGGGUGAAGAGUCCUCUGAUGAUAUAUUUGCAGAUCAAACCACAGUUAGAAAAAUAGCUAGUCCAAAUCAAACAGAAAGUGUUUUCGAAAUUACUGAUAACGAUGCAUUCGGAAAUCGAGUUCGCGUUUGCGCUGAAAAGAAAACCAUGUCACCUGUCAAUACGGAUGUUGGCGACGUUCAGUUUAUUGGAGCAGUACGCGCAAUGGACUCACCGAUCGAAAUUUCAGAUUCACAGACGGAAGUGUGCACUCCUAAGAGUCAAAAUAGACAAGUUGUUGAUUUGAGACUAGUUAAGUCCAAGUCAGCAGAGUCGACAGGUGCUGUGAAGAAAUGCACCGGCUGGCUUUCGAAGACCAGGCGCAGUCUUUCGCUAGGUAAUACAUCACCUAAAACACCGACCUCUGGCAAUAGAACGUCUUCCGCUGGUGACCGGCGUGGCAGUAGUUUGAAGCGAAAAAAGUUAGAAAACUUGUUCCGGGAUAGCGACGAUGAUUUUGCAGACCGCAAGCGGUCUUCUACAAGUAUUAAUCGACGAAAACUGGCGCUUGCUUCUGGAAGCGCAAACAGAUCUUCCCCAAAGAAGAAGUGUUUUCAGGAGAGACUGAUCCAGCGAUAUAAUCAAAUACUGGUAUCCCCCAGUGGAUUUGAUAGUGAUUUUGAUUAACGGUAUAAUUGGUCUGGUUUUUAUUCAAAUUUAUUCCCGCCGGGAAUAAGUGUGAUUCGUUUGUUAUUUUUUAGUUUAAUAAAUAUAAUUUAUGAAUUUUUUUCUUUGUUGAGGACCUUGGACCGCUGCGACCAGUUCUUUGAUCUAUUGUGGUGUAAUUUAUGAAUUAGUAUAUAAUC